GCCCGCAAAAGCCGGGUUUUAAAAUCAGCCUGUCGCCAUUACAACUGAAAUAUCGGGUCGGGAGGCCGGUUUUGAGAAGAACGGAUUUUAAAAACAAUUUCUCCAUUUCAUCUGACUGUCUCGAUGGAUUCUGAAGAUAUUGCCCGGUUGACUGAUUCUCUGUCCAGAACUCAAGUGGGCUGCAGUGGGGAGCUCAGCUAUAAAGGAAGGGCGCUAAAACUCGACGAUGCAGAGGCUGCGAGGGAGCUGGUUCAGGAGAUCGAGGGCUUUGAGGGGCUGCAGGCUCUGAGACUCGAAGGAAACACGAUUGGAGUCCAGGCGGCUGAGGCCAUCGCCAGAGCGCUGGAGAGCAAGAGAGACCUGCAGAGGUGCCACUGGAGUGACAUGUUUACUGGUCGCCUGCGCUCCGAGAUCCCGUCUGCACUGAUAUCUCUGGGUCAGGCUGUCAUCAUGGCUGGAGCCCGCCUCACUCACUUGGAUCUCAGUGACAACGCCUUCGGUCCGGACGGGGUGCGAGGGAUCGAAACUCUGCUCCAGAGCGCCUCCUGCUUCUCUCUGAGGGAACUGCGGCUCAACAACUGCGGCAUGGGGAUCGGGGGGGGCAAGAUUCUGGCCGCCGCUCUGAUUCGGGGUCACUCCCUCUCCAGCGCUCAGGGGACGCCCCUCAAACUGAGGGUGUUCAUCGCAGGGAGGAACCGGCUGGAGAACGAGGGGGCGAGUGCCCUGGCACAGGCCUUCCAGGUAAUGGCGAGUCUACAGGAGGUCCACAUGCCUCAGAACGGUAUAAACCACGCUGGUGUCACCGCGCUGGCUUCAGCGAUGAAAGAAAACUCAGAGCUGCGCGUUCUCAACCUCAACGACAACACCUUCACCAAGAGAGGGGCUAUCGCCAUGGCAACGGCUCUGAAGGAUCUUCACAAUGUGGAGGUGAUUAAUUUCGGGGAUUGUCUGGUGCGUUCAGAGGGGGCUGUUGCCAUGGCGGAGGCUUUGAAAGAGGGGCUCCCCAACCUCAAGGAGUUGAAUCUCUCGUUUGGGGAGAUUAAGGAGGACGCUGCCCUCGCUGUCGCCCGGUCCGUGAGCCACAAAACCCAGCUGAGCAAACUGGACCUCAACGGUAAUUAUCUGGGGCUGGACGGCUGCGAGAUGCUGAGGGAGGUGAUGGGGUCUCAACACAUGGAUGACGUGCUGGGAUCUCUCAGUGAUGAUGAGGGCGAAGGAGACGAUGAUGAUGAUGAUGAUGAUGAAGAGGAGGAGGAGGAGGAGGAGGAGGGAGAGAAGGAGGAAGGAGAUAAAAUGCCAGCCCCACCUGCCAGGGACCCCACUCCGGUCUCCACUCCAGCGUCCACUCCAGCGUCCACUCCGGUCUCCACUCCGGCGUCCACUCCGGUCUCCACUCCGGUCUCUGCUCCCACUCCCCCAGCCGCCACUGAAGUCUCCACUUUCCUGGCUUUCCCCUCCCCAGAGAAACUGGUCAAACUGGGAGCCAAGCGAUCGCUGCUCUUCGAGCAACAGGUCGAUUCUACGGAUGCGAGAAAGAUUGCUGACGCGUUCUUAAAGAUCGCCUCCGUAUUGAAGGUGGAGGAAGACGUCAAAAGAGCGGUGCUAGACACAGUCGAUGGUCUACUGAAGAAAGCCUUCAGCUCCCAGUGUUUCCAGUCCGAUGUGUUCAUCACCAGUUUACUGGUCUACCUGGGACUGCUCAAGAGUGAAGACAAGUUGAAGCCGGUUCGCGCCGUCCCGGCUCACUUCCUGACCCUGGAGCACUGUGUCCAGCAGGAUUACUUCCCGAAAAAUCAGCUGCCGAUCCUGGAAGUGUUUCUGAGCCAGAGAUCCAAACUUAUCCCAGAUUCCUGUAAAACUGCCCGGUACAAACUUCGUCAAACUCUGAACAGCUUAAUAUAAUAAAGAAAAACCUUUACCCCCCCUCCCCUCUCCUCCUCCUCCCUCCCUCCCUCCUGCUCCUCCUCCUCCCUCCUCCCUCCUCCCUCCCCCCCUCCCCUCUCCUCUCUCCUCUCCCCUCUCCUCUCUCCUCUCCCCUCUCCUCUCUCCUCUCCCCUCUCCCCUCUCCUCUCUCUCUCUCCCUCCCUCCUCCUCCUCUCCCUCCCCUCUCUCCCUCCCCUCUCUCCCUCCCCUCUCUCCCUCCUCCUCUCUCCCUCCCCUCUCUCCCUCCUCCUCUCUCCUCUCUCUCUCCUCUACCUCCUCUCCCUCCCCUCCUCCCCUCCCCUCCUCCCCUCCCUCCUCUCUCUCCCUCUCCCCCUCCUCCCCUCUCCCCCUCCCCUCUCCCCCUCCCUCUCUCUCUCCCUCCCUCUCUCUCUCCUCCCUCCCCCCCUCCCCUCUCUCCCUCCUCCUCUCUCCUCUCUCUCUCUCCUCUACCUCCUCCCCUCCCCUCCCCUCCUCCCCUCCUCCCCUCCCUCCUCUCUCUCCCUCUCCCCCUCUCUCUCUCCUCCCCUCCCCCCUCCUCUCCCCUCUCUCCCUCCCCACUCUCUCCCCUUCUCCUCCC